CGUAAACUCUGUUUCGCUAAGUCGAUUAUGGUACUUUGUUUGAUGUUUUAAGAGGUGUUAACUGUCUGAAACUCUGUUUAGCUUGAUUGCAGAGAAGAAUGGGGAAUGAAGUUGAUUACAAAAAGUUCACUUGGGUGAUUAAGGAUUUCUCCUCUCUCCAAUCCACGAAAAUUUACUCGGAUGAAUUCGUCGCUGAUGGCUGCAAGUGGCGUCUUCUGGCCUUACCUAAAGGAAAUGAUGUUGAGUAUUUGUCACUGUAUCUAGACGUUGCUGGUACUGAGUUUUUGCCUGAUGGAUGGAGAAGAUACGUGGAUUAUCGCUUCACUUUAGUCAAUCACCUUUCUGAGGCACAUACCGUACAUAAAAAAGGAUGGCGCUGGUUUGAUAAGAACACUAGGUUUUGCGGUUUUAGAGACAUGGUUCCUGUAAGCAGUCUUAUUGCCAUUAACGGUGGAUUCUUGUUGAAUGGGGAGAUUACGAUUAUUGCUGAAGUAGGAGUUCUUGAAGUUAUUGACACAUUAAGUGCAUCACAAGUUGAGGAGAUUAGUACUGAUCGUAGUGAACAGAGAGCUCAUGAUGAUUCCUCUUCAUCUGAAGAUUUGCAGAACAAAGAUGAUGUAACUAUUGAGGUCAACGGCUUUCAGGUUCUUGUUUCGCAGGUUGAUGUGGUGAAGACACUCUUUGAGAAACAUCCAGAUCUCGCACAGGGUUUCAGUUUAAAGAAUCAACACAUCAAGAACGCUUACAUGAAUGCUCUGCUUGACCUAAUCAAGACACUGUGCAAAGCUGCUAAGGAUCUCUCCGUGAAAGACCUGAAGAAAGCAGAUGAUACGCUCUCUGAUCUGAUAAAAGUAGGGUGGAAUUUGGAAUGGUUGCGUAUGAAGCUGGAUCAGGCAUUGGAAAAACAGGUAGAGUACGACACACGGAUCAGAGAACUCGAGAAACAGGUCAAGAAGCGAAAGCUGGCAUUGGAAGAGAUUGAAACCGACCUAGAGAAAGAGAAAGCUGCAGCUUCCGCUUCACUAAUGUCGUUGGAUUGAACUUCUUAAUUUGAGUCUUGUCCAUUUUUUUAAUUAGG